ACUAAUGUUUAACCCGGAAGUCUGUUCCAGCUGACUCUGCUGAUGUCGGUGUUAGCUUGGUAGUUAGCAGAUAUGCUGUGGUUUAACGGAUCCAUCCCUGACGCCAUCAGCUCCGCCAAACAGCGGGGCUCCGUGUUCGUGGUUGUCAUCACAGGAGAGGACGAGCAGUCAGCUCAGCUGAUGGCGAGCUGGGAGAACGAGCAAGUAUCCGAAGCCGCAAAUGACUGCUGCGUGGCCAUCAAAGUGGACGCCAAGAGUGAGACAUGUGUGCAGUUCUCACAGAUAUAUCCAGUGGUCUGCAUCCCAUCAAGCUUCUUCAUUGGAGAGAACGGGAUCCCUCUGGAGAUCAUCCCUGGCAGCCCUUCAGCUGAGGAGCUGAUGAAAAGGAUCCAUAGGGUGAAGCAGAUGCAUGCUGAGCAGAUCAAAACAGACUCAAGUCCACAUGUGGGGACUGGUUGCCUUGACAGCGCAGUAUCAGAUCCAGAACCAGUUGCAGCGUCAGACCCCGGUCCAUCAGAGCCCAACACCUCAGCUGAGACAACAAAAGAUGCUCUGUCAGUUGCUCCAGAUGAUGAAAACUCUCAACAAAAUCAAAGUGAGGAGAACCUGGAGGCUAAAGUCGAAAGGCUGACAAAGAAACUGGAGGAGCGACGUGAGCAGAGAAAGGUGGGAGAGGAGGAGAAUGAGAUCAGGAAGGAAAUGGAGCGGAGGAAGUUGGGAAAAGACAUGCAGGACUUUAAGAAGAAACAGGAAGAGGAGAAGACCAAGAGACUACUGGAGGAGAGGAACCGAGAGAAGGCUGAGGAGAGAGCAGCCAGGGAGCGAGUCAAACAGCAGAUCGCUUUGGACCGAGCUGAGCGAGCAGCACGUUAUGCCAAAAUCCAGGAAGAAGAUAAAGCUGCUAAACAGGUUGCUCAGCAGGUGAGAACCAUGGAGCAGGAGGCCAGGAAGGAAGCGAUGCUCAGGGAGAGGAGCACCGUGGCUAGGAUACAGUUCCGGCUCCCUGAUGGUUCCUCCAUUACAAACACGUUCCCGUCUCAGAGCAGAUUGCAGGAAGCUCGUCAGUUUGCUGCUCAGGAAGUGGGAAAUCGCUAUGGUAACUUUUCCCUGGCAACCAUGUUUCCACGGCGAGAGUUCACCUGUGAUGACCUAGACCAGACUCUGCUGGAGCUGGAGCUUGCUCCAAGUGCAUCCAUCGUGCUGCUACCGCAGUCCAGCAGACCUUCUAAUUCGGUUGCUCAGUCGUCUGGCGGUGGUAUCUGGGCAGUUCUGGGCACGCUCCUUUACCCUUUACUGGCUGUGUGGAGAUUCCUCAGCUCCUUCCUAUUUUCAACCCCACCUCCUCCAGGCACUGCAUCCAGAGGCCCCGCCCACCAUCAGUCCAACUCCUACACAAAGUCCACAGCAGCACCAGACACAACAAAGAGAGAAACUUCGUCCAGUCAGAGCACAGAGAAACGCCCCCGAGACUUUAAGAAGGAUGGUAAAAUCUGUCGUCUGCGGACUCAGGAGGACAGUGAGGAUGACAACAACACGUGGAACGGGAACUCCACCCAGCAGAUGUAGCGCCACCCUUAGGUCUUCUGCUGUAAUUGUUGAGUCUUUUGUCUAACUAUGUUUCAGGCUCUGCUCCUCGCCUGCAUGGUGAUAAUCAGUAACCAAUAACCAAUAACCAGAUAGGCUCAACAUUAGACUGGCUCACAGUCUUUACUUUUGGAAAUGUUUUAUUUUGAAAGGACAGUGAAUCAUCUGGAUGACUUCCUGUUGUUUAAGCCUGUUGUUGAUUUUUGUUUGUUGUAAAAGCAAAAAUAAAAAAACAUCAACCCUCA